AUGGAGAAUCAAUGUGCUGCCGUCUCUGUCAAUGAGAAGUCCGACGGGCGAUCGACGCAGUUGACCCGCAACUCAUUUAUGCCCUCGUGGAUGGCGGACCCGUCGUGGCUGCAGUCGAUUGAGAUCCCGCAGGAUUACAUGGCAGAGUUACUGGAAGAGAAUAUGAAUGGAUCAUCAGGGGCAACAAACAAAUUCCUUAACCCAUCCAAACUUCGUCCCUCUAAAACUACAGCAGCAACCACUACCACCUCCACAACGUCAUCAUUAUUACCAGUAGAAGGAAAGAGAGGAAAUAAACCAAACGCCGUACUCUCUCUUUUAGAGACAGCACGUCGUACAAUGACUUUAUGGGUUGAAGAUGAUGGCGAGAAAAAAGAUAUGGAAUCACAACAUCAGCAGUUAAUGUCCCUUCUUUCUGAUUGUAUCAAGUCCGUAACACAGCGUGCACCUUGGGAUCCAGAAGAAUAUACAACAGAGAUGCGAAAGAAUAUGUUGGAAAUACUUCUUAAAAAGUUUCUUGAUCAAUCUCUUGAUCCUGCCGCAGUUUCACUAUUUGCAAAAGAUGUGAUUCGUCGUUCAUCCGAAACAAAUGUUGUACAAGAACUACAGUGUCUUUGUGUGGUACUUACAUAUGAUAAGACGUGGAAUGGUGAGGAUCCGUACAGACAAGUAGAAAAUUUUAUCUCUUCAAAGGAAUUUGAAGAGUUUAAAGAAGAAUCUCUUGAAGAAGUAAAGAGACGACUUCAUAUGAUGAAUAUUGACCUUAGUAAGAGGGACAUAAAUGCUACACGAGCAUUGACAAUUUGGAAGGAUAUCCAUGGUGAACACCGUGGAAAUUGUUUUGGUAACUCCAUUACUCUCACUCUCACAAGUGUACGUCUUGGUGUCAUAGACAAAGACCAAGCUUCCAAUGAUAAAGGUGGUAAAAAGGGAUUACCAAAGAAAGUAAAAGCAACUUGGUUCCUUAGAGAUAAAGAUCGUGUUGUAAGUUCAGCGAAGGUACUAGGAAAGAAUACUUUAAAUGAUAAUGAAUAUCAGUGGAAAGGAGGAGGUAACCGUGCAACGCUUCUAAUUCCAAAAGGAGCAAAUAAACAAUUUAAAGAGUACACUAUCGUUUUGGAAUUAACAGUCCGUAACGAGUCUUGUGUUUGUACUGGUCCCCGUGAGAAACUCUUGGCAUGUGUUUCAAUUAGUGUGGAUGAUGCUCUUUAUGUAAGUGUAGCACAACUAGACUCUCCAUUGCGUCAGAGAAGAAGUGAGCCAAGUAGUGAACCAUUUGUAAGUGAACCAUUUGGUAAUGAAGAUACGAAGAUUAUAGGAUAUCAUUUUUCUUCUCUUCUAUUAUCAUCCAAUUCUAAAUCUUCUAAUACAGAGAAUAAUAAUGAUAUAUAUCCAUAUGUGGUAGAAUCUGCUAAAGCAUUGUGUAGCAUGCCUUGUCUUAAUCAAGAUCACAACAAGCGACCCCCUGUUAUAGAUGUGGAAAAAGAAAUGGCUGCCGAAGAAGCUCAUUCAAAUUUAUUCACAUCAAAUGUGAACUUGGAUUCAUUGUGUACCAACCAUCAUAAGAGUUUCUUACGGUUAGUUGAUAUUUUAGGUGAUCUUGAUGAUACUUGUGUUUCUAUUCUUAAGGCUUAUACUCGCCGUUAUUUAGUUCAUGAGGAACUGGAGAAUAUCGCACUCCUUGUUUCAGUGUGUACAAGAAGUAAUUUAGUAGAUCGUACCUCUAGAGAACUUUGCUCUCAUGCCCUAGAAUCAAUUGCAGAUCUUAAUGGACAUGUAAGAACACGUAUAGGGGGUCGUCUUUUAAAGGAAGCAUUUGAUACCACACAUUCUCAUAUUUUUGACAUUAUUCUUUCUUUAGAGGAUGUUCCUUCAUCAUCAUCAUCUGAUUCUCUCCAAAAACAGGCUGCAGUAAUUUUGAAUGAUCUCAAACAACUCCUCCUUAUAAUGUAUCCAGAAAUGGACUUCAACGUAAUACUUAAAUUAGAGGCACAGAAGGAUGUACUACCAAUGGUAGAGAUGUUACUAAAACUAGAUGGUCGUUUGCUAAGGGAGCACCGUCGUACACAGGUUCGUGAAACCAAGACAGAUCUUCACAUUCUACAACUUGAUCAGCAGCAGGAUAGCGUAUUAUUAACUGGUAAAACACGAUUUCUACUUGAAUUUAUGAAACAACUAUGUGAGAGAUGUCAACGAGCCUUGUCUCUUACGAAGGGGCCGCGGUCUGCUGAAGUAAUAGUAGUGAUGCUCUGCCGUUUGGAGUGCAUUUCCCACGAUGUGUCCGACCCUUUACGAAGUGUUGUGAGCCGUCUUGUGGGGUGCCUUGCGCGAACACCCGAUGUGGAUCCUCUUGGCGAUGCACUUGGUCUUGUGGUGGAGGUGUGUGGUGCGUUGGCGACUCUUGGGGGGUUGUUGCGUGGCGAUAAGAGAGCGGCGGAGGUCUGCGGUGAUUUGUUGUCGUGUUGCGACUGGUGCUGCUCGCAGAUGCCGUUGUGGUGGUUUGCCCUCUGCGAGCCGCAUGUGGGGGCGUGGGUCGCCGCCGUGGUGGCUGUUGAUCAUGAGAGGGAAAAUGAUGAGGAGGAUCGUGAUGGCGACAAGGGCGAGGCUUCUCUCUCGUGCGGUCUGGGACUUCUGCUGGAUCUCCAGCGGGCGCUUCUCGCCGUGGCGGUGCGGAUCCUCGCGUGGCUGCCGCCGGAGAAGAACUACGACGGGACCCCCGCCCUCGACACCCACGGGAUUUACGCCGGCCGCUUCUUCGCCCUCCAGCGGGCCGUCGUGGAGGCCGCCGUCGACGCCAUCGUCGCGCGGGGCCGAACCGGCCGUGGCCUCCACGCCGCCCUCGAGACCCGCGCGACCCUCCGCCAGCACGACGCCGCAGCCCGCGCCUUCACAGACGCCGACGUCCACGACGCUCUCGUGAGGAACAACGACCCGCACAAUCUUCUCGAGCAUGAAAGGCGCGUCAGCGCACAACUCACACACGCCACAAUAAUCGCAGCAGCGGAUGACUUUUCACAACACAUCCGAAACGACAUGGAACGCACCGCCCUGAGUCAACUCGCAGAUGUCGCGGCCCCGGAGGCUAAUAUAAAGCAGGCUGCCACACGUCUCGCUACUCAUAUAAAGGGAGAGUUGCAACUUGCGAAGCGCAUUCUUGAUAAGGAUGACUUUGCAGAGUUCUUUAGUGAAGUGGCAGUACGAGCCUAUUUUAAUGCCUUUCAGCGCCUGCUGGAUCAAUAUUCGGCGUCACCAAUGCCGCCUGAACGUGUCCCAUUGCUUCUACAGCUCCUGCACACGCUUGAAGAAGAACUUCAAUCCGUGGUAGACAUUGCCAAGAUGGAGACGGAAUCCGUCAUUUCUAUGAAACUUAAGACAAAUGUAAUGUCAGUUCUUUUGAGUGAAUCAAGUGCAGCACUCGUGGAGAUGGCAAAUUCAUCAGUUCUUAAUGAGGUGGAACGGGAGCAGGUGACACGUAUAUUAAGGUUUCGCACCGAUAAUAUCGCAAAGCAGUAUAUCCGCAAAGUAGGUGCCAAAUGA